AUGAUCUACCAACAGGCUGCAGCCUACUUGGACAGCGGCCCUGGGUCAUUAAAGAACCGCAUUUUCGCAAAAAAUAGUGGUCCCCAGGCUAAGCGGCUGUUUGCUUUAGUUUAUGGGACGUUACAGUACAAAACAUUGCUGAGCGCAGUGAUCACCGCAUCGCACAUUCUCAAGUACGAAAAGGCGUUGACGCUGCCCGUGGCUUUGGUGAUGGUUCACGAUCUGUUACUCUCGAAAGGUGGGAAGCUUGCGUGCGGUAAAUGCAAAGAGAAAGACGCAGUGAUGCGUCACAAGACCCGGCUCAAUGCCGAGUUCGUCAAGUACAAGGUCAAGCACGGGCUGGUUCAGGACGAAACGGACGAAACACCUGUGAGAUGGCUUCGCUGCAACCCGGUAAAGGCCAGCCCUGAAGACCUCGAAAAGGCGUUUGUUGCUGCGGGCAUGACUCGCGUGGAAACGUUCAAAGUGCAUAAGAUGGCUUUUUACAAAGACGACUUUGUUCCCGGCCUGUAUGGGUUGCACCCUUCUUACCCGGUGGCAAAAAUGCCAUUGUAUCGUUCUGGUCAAUUGAUCAUUCAAGAUAGAGCAUCUUGCUUUCCCGUCACGAUCUUGAAUCCCAGCUCGGAUGCUGAGUAUAUUGAUGCAUGUGCCGCUCCCGGCAACAAAACUACUCAAUUGGCUGGCUAUGCGAAAAAGGUCACUGCGUUCGAGCGAGACCCCAAACGUGGAGCCAUUCUUCAAAAAAUGAUUGGUACUGCGGGCUUGAGCGAUAGGAUCAAUGUGAACAUUCAAGAUUUCACCCAGGCCCAGCCCAGCGACUACCCCGAUGUAAAAGGACUCGUUGUUGAUCCCUCGUGCAGUGGUUCGGGUAUUUUUGGUCGUGCAGGCUUGGGAUCAGAACAAGAAACCCAAAAUAGCCAGCGUUUGGAUAAGCUGUCCGAGUUCCAGUACAUCAUUGUAAGCCACGCCCUCAAGUUUCCUGCUGAGACUGUAGUUUACUCUACAUGUUCAAUUCAUAGUAUCGAGAACGAGCAGGUUGUUCGUCGUCUUCUGGAGACGCCUGAAAUCGCUAAAGAGUGGCGGCUGCGCUCGCGUGAAAGCGUCUUGCCCGGAUGGCCCCGCCGGGGUUAUGUGCAAGAGUUUGAAGGUAUGGAAAAUGCCGCUGAGCUGGCUGAGUCUUGUGUAAGAGUCAAUCCCAAAGAAGAUGGAGGAAUUGGCUUUUUUGCUGCGUGCUUUGAGCGCAUAUAA